UAUCACCCAAAAAACUUAUCGUUGAGUACUUUUUCCAAGAGUUCGUUAGUCGAUCUCUAAAAUGGAAUCUACGAGCUGUGUUAAGUGUUCCUCCGAAAAUCCUUUGCAAAAACCAUGCUGCCUUUGCGGCACGGUGGUGUGUUUUCCGUGCGUUAUGAAGAAAAUCGUCGAGUGGAAGAGCGGAUCGCUGAAGAACAUCCCUAACUGGUGGUGCGAAAGCUGCUCGCAAGAAAACAAGGAAAACGUAGCCCCGAAUGUGCCAGCAGAACCACGAAAGCCUGGAAAGUGUAAGAAAUGUGGCCAUCACCAACCUGUGGCAAUGCAGUGUAUUCGUUGCAAUGCUGCAGCCUUUUAUUUCUGCACUGCAGACGAUUGCUGGGAAUUUGAAACCUUCACCGAGUACGGAGGACCGAGAUGGUUCUGUAGCAGGUGUUUGCCGUUCGGGAAAUAUCAUUCUCGUAAUAAGGGUACGAAGUACGUAGUACCCAUAUUAGGAGCUGCAAGAAUCAAACAUGCAGAAUGGCUAGAAUUACAGCGUACAAAAUAUUUUAUGCGCACCGAGUACAGCUUUCAAGAUCUAAAAUUCCCUUCGCUUGAUGCAGCUUCAGACGAUGAUUCUUCGUCUAGCGGUACAGACUCGUGGGAGGCGUUAGAUGAUACAUUAGAAAUGAUAAAUCUUUCUGGCAACAAAAUCCUCGCAACACCAAUGGAUGAAUUGACAGAACUUGCAACUGAUGUGAGAAACUAUUAUGCAGCUGAAGCUACACCACACGAAAUCGCUCAACGGAAUCUAUUUUCCCUGGAGCAGGUAGGGGAAAUCAUAGCAAAAAUCAAAAAAGAUAAACUUCCACAAGCUGCGAAAGCAUUGACGAGAAUUCCAAAAAUUCAAAGUCCAAUGGCUAGAACACCAAAGAAAGAAACUCCAGAAAAAAGAAAAAAAGAUCACAACGCAGCUUCGCCGGAGGAAGUAGAACUAUCCUUAAUAAAAACGCCAGAAAAACAACGUGAAGAGAAAACAGAACCAAGCUCAGUAUUGAAAGAAAAUCAUUCCCAAAAUUCCCCAAAACCAAAAAAAACAACUCCCGAAAAACGAAAAAGCGAUCAGUACCCGUUUUGGGUGAAGACACUAGUUAAAGAUACUACAGAAUCAGAAUAUGGAACUCUUGAAGAGAAAAAAGAAGCGAAGAACCCACAAGCAGCGAAGAAAACAACACCAAACUCAACACUCAAAGAAGAUCAAGCUCAAACUUAUGCAAACUCGAAAAGAAACACUCCUGAAAAGAGAAAAAGAGACGAUAUCGACCUUUGGAUGCUGAAGCAACUUGAAAAAAUAGAUUCAAAAAAUGACAUUUCUAAAAAGAAAAACGAGUCGAAGAUCGCACGCCCAGUGAAGAACGCACAACCAGUUUCAACACUGAAAGAAAAUCAAGUUCAAAAGGAUGCAAAACCGAAAAAACAAACUCCUGAAAAAAGAAAAAUGGAUGAAAAGUCACUUUUGAUGGAACAAUUACAGCAAAACGAGACGUUGUUAGUAUUACAAGGUGUACCUCCUGCAAAGAUAAACGAGGUCAAGAAGAAACUUUCAACACCGAAAAAAGAUCAAGUUCAAACGUCUCCGAAGCCAAGAGAAGAAAGUCCCAAAAUGACAAAACAAGAAGAGUGCUUACGUUGGGUGAUAAAAAGAAACGAAGAGGAGCACGCACGUUGGGUGAGGAAGCAAAAGGACAUGAAAUCAUUACAUGAAACUCCUAAAGAGAAAAAAGAAUCGGAGAACGCAUUCUCAGUGAAAAUGUCAGAGCCACUCUUAACACUGAACAAAGAUCCAGUUCAAGAGUCUGCGAAACCAAAAGAAGAAACUCCCAAAAAAAUAGAUGAAAAUGAAGGCACACUUUACACACUUUGGAUGAUUGAACAAAUUGAAAAUGCUCAGAAAUCAUUAUUUCGAGACAAGAAAUUUGCGGAGAACAUACUCUCAAUGAAGCCAACAGAAUCAAUCUCGGUACCGAAAAAAGAUCAACUUCUACAGUCUCCAAAACCAAAAGAAGAAACUCCUGAAGAAAAAAAUGAAGCGAAGAACGCACUCUCAGUGAAGACAACAGAAUCAAUCGUGGUGCCGAAAAAAGUUCAAGGUCAAGAAUGUGCAAUACCGAGAAAACAAACUCAAAAAAGAAAAAGAGAGGAAGACUCUGCUUUGACGCACGAACAACAAGAUAUGUUAUUAGUAUUACAAAAUGCACCUUUUGGCAAGUUAAUCGAGGGCUCAAAAUCAUCCUCAGUACCGAAAAAAGAUCAACUCCCAGAGUCUACAAAACUGAAAGAAGAAACUUCCGAAAAGAAAAAAGAUGAACACGCACUUCGAUUGAAGAAGCAAAUUCAAGAGGCGAUGAUGGAAUCAAUAUAUGAAACUCGUGAAGUGAAAAAAGAAGCGACGAACCUAUUGCCGAAACAAGAUCAAGUUCAAGAGUCUGCAGAACCAAAAGAAGAAACCUUUGAAAAGAAAAAAGAAGAUGAACACGCACUUCGAUUGAAGAAGCAAAUUCAAGAGGCGAUGAUGGAAUCAAUAUAUGAAACUCGUGAAGUGAAAAAAGAAGCGACAAACCUAUUGCCGAAACAAGAUCAAGUUCAAGAGUCUGCAAAACUAAAAGAAGAAACCUUCGAAAAGAAAAAAGAAGAUGAACACGCACUUCGAUUGAAGAAGCAAAUUCAAGAGGCGAUGAUGGAAUCAAUAUAUGAAACUCGUGAAGUGAAAAAAGAAGCGACGAACCUAUUGCCGAAACAAGAUCAAGUUCAAGAGUCUGCAAAACCAAAAGAAGAAACCUUCGAAAAGAAAAAAGAAGAUGAACACGCACUUCGAUUGAAGAAGCAAAUUCAAGAGGCGAUGAUGGAAUCAAUAUAUGAAACUCCUGAAGUGAAAAAAGAGAUGAAGAACGAACCUUCAACGAAGAAAACAGAAUCGGUCUUGGUCCGGAGAGUUCAAGAGGAUGAAAAAUCAAACAAAGAAGCUUCCGAAAAGGGAAAAAAAGAAGAGGGCACACUUUUGGUGAAGAAACAAAUUGAAGAGUCUGCCAAAUGGGAUGAAGUCAAGCUUGAAGAAAGGAAACAAAAGACGACUCCUAUUUCAAUCAAGGUCGUAGAGCAAUUCUUAACAAAAGUUCGUCAAGAUCUAUUUCUAGAAAAUGCACCGACAGUAAAGAAAGAAACUCCCGAAAAGAAAAAACAAGAAACGUUCCCCAUGAUACUGCAAAAAGUAGAACAAUUCUUAACAAGUAUGAGAAAUUUUCAAGUUCCAGAAAAUCCACUGCACCAAUUAUUAGAAAGACAGAUGGCGAAUCAUAAUGCUGCUACAGAUAACGACGAAGAAAAAUCUCCGGAGUGUCGUGAAGGGCAGAACGAAGUUCCUCAAGAGAGAAGAGAGCUUUUAGAUCAGCUUCUUGACCGCUAUCGGUACUCAUAUUUUCGAAAGUGGCUUAGACAAGAUCCAACAGAAGAGAAGGAAGAGACCAAAUCGGAAGUGCAGAAAAAUGAUGAGAAAAAUAUGGGUGAAAAUAGCAAAGCCGACAAAGAGGGUACGAAAGUUGAAGCAGUACAGCAAGAAACUGGUAACGAGGAUGGAGAGACAGCUGACAAAAUCAACGAAGCAAAUGAAAUAAUUCCUGUGGAGAAAAACCCAUUAGAAGACGCAGAUGAAAAACUGAAAAUUUUGAAAGAAACGCUUGUCGAGGUAGAAGCACGGAAGGAUGAAAUUCGUAGGGAGCUGGACAAAAUGUUAGGACUAAAGCAGCUGGUGGCGACAUAUAUAUCUGAGCUGAAUACGAAUCUUGCUGUUGAGGUAGCAAAGUCAGAAGAACCACUAGAAUUUGUAGCAAAAUAUUCAAAGACAGCCGAGGGAGAGAAUUUAGCUUUCUUUCCAAAACCAUUACUUGAAAUUGGAGAACCACUUACCAAUUAUAAACUCCAAACAGAAGAAGAGCACAAAAGGGACGAACGAAUUCUUCUUAGAAAUUUUGAAGAGACUCGCUUGACUGUGGAAGAAGCAGAAAAACGAAUGGCCCACACAACAAUGGAAGAAGCACGUGUUCGUGGAGAUAUUGAGGAAUACCAGCGUUUGAAAAAUUUUUGGGAGGAUUUGUGUAAGGAGAAGUAGAGAUCGACUCUGUGACGUUUUGUGUAUUGAUCUUUUAAUGUAUUAUUACUACCCCGUGAUGUAUGAAUUUUUAUAAAUUUUUGAUGUUGUCGGCUUUUAUAUAAAAUCGAUGAAGAUAACUGAA